AUGGCUCUCCAAAUCCAGGUGUUUCCUAAAUGGCUCCAAAGAAACCUCAGCUCAGAAGCUCGCAAUGCCAGAUGUUUUUAUUUUUCUUCUGCAGGUUUUGGGCUCCUUGCAAACAGCUUCUCUAAAGUGAAGCGCUGGAUUUCUGAAACCGUCCUCGCUGGACGUCGCGACCUUGCUCGAGCGGCCUUGCGGGCCGGAAGCCGGAUCGCCUGGACGCGCGGCGCCCCCGUAGGGCCUGCGGCCGUUCCCGGCUCUCACGCGCCCCCGCGGCGGCCCUGGCCCAACGGCGCCCCCGCGCCCGCGUCCGCGCCUCACCUGCUGCCCCGCGGGGCCGUGGGACCGCGCUCCCGCCGCCGAGCGGAAAUGCCCUGCGCGGGCGCCGCACCCAGGCCGCCCCGGGCGGCGCCCCCUGCAGGCAGCCGCCGCUCCGCCCGGCCCUGCGGCGCCCGGGCCCUGGCCACGCCGGCCCCAGCCACGGACGCGGCACACCUGCUGAGUGCGCCCCACCCGGACUCGAACAACCAACUCCCCUAUCUGGGGACGCCCUGCCGCGGACGCAGACUCAGCCACUUCCCACUCCUGGAAGCCCCACGUCAGACACAAGCCCUGACAGCUGGGCACUUCUGCUUAGCUCUGACUCAGGGCUGGACCGGACACACCUGGCGCCCGCAUCAAACCCAGAGGCUCGCCAACGACUCCAAGAACGGCGGGCACGCCACACCAGUCUAGGAAAAUGACGCAGACAGGUGAAUCAAUA